AUGUCCAGCCCGCCGUUCACGGUGAAAGCCGUCUUCGAGUAUGCGUCGGGCCAUGAUGACGACCUCAGCUUUCCGAUUGGCCAAGUCCUGACCGUCACCGCCGAGGAGGAUGCUGAGUGGUACUAUGGUGUAUACACAGACAGCUCGGGGGCCAAGCAGGAAGGUAUCUUCCCCAAGAAUUUCGUCGAACGGUAUGAGCCUCCCGCUCCUCCGCGCCCAUCGCGCCCGACCAGGCCGAAGAAGGAGGCUGAACCUGCUCCCCCGCCCGAGCCGGCCGCGGUGGAAUCCCCUGUCGUGGAGAGCAAGUCGCAGCUGGAGCCAGAGGUAGAGGAGCAGGCCGCCGCGGAAGAGUCUGCGCCUCCUCAGCCAGCUCCUACUCAAUCCCCGUCGCAGGCGGCCUCGUCUCCGCCGGCGGCACAACCGGCGGCCCCUCCACCUCCUACGGCCUCCAAGCCCCCGCCUCCGGCUGUCGCAGAGAAACCGAGCGGUUCGUCGUUCAAGGAUCGCAUUGCGGCCUUCAAUAAGCCCGCCGCGGCACCAGUUACACCUUUCAAGCCCGGCGGCUCGUCGGCGUCCUUCAUUAAGAAACCAUUCGUGCCGGCUCCUCCCAGCAAGGAUUCUUACGUCCCUCCACCACGGGAGCCUGUCCCCAAAGUAUACAAGCGGGAAGAAGACCCUCAAAUCCAGGAACAAAUUGCUCGCGAGCCUCCCGUCUCUGAGAGCCGGCCGCCGCUGCCGCUUCCCACUGAAGCGCCGGCGGAGAGCGAAGAAGACCAGCCCAAGCCCACCACGUCAUGCGGAGGCGGCCCAGAAAAAGAAAAGCCGCGACCUCCAAAGAAACAGGCUGAGGAGCCGGCUGUUCCGGCGAAGCCUGGAGAGGAGCUUGAAGAACCUGGAACAACUGAAGCUUCAGGGGCUGCGCGUGAUCCGAGUGUCGAUACUUUGAGGGGUGGUGAUCCCUUUUCGCCGACUGAGGAGAUGGUCAGUGAUACCAACGACGCCGACUAUUCUGCUGCAGCAGACUCCGAGGAUGCUGGAGAAACUUCCACCAGCAAGGAUGAGGAUGAGGAGCGUUCUUAUCCAAGCAUCCAGCGUCAGCCAUCGACUCGCUCUGUGGAACAACAAGGCGACGAGGCGGAUGUCGAAGAAGAGACCGGUGAAGAAGAGGAGGAAGAUAUGGAUCCUGAAACCCGACGCAGGAUGGAACUGCGAAACCGCAUGGCCAAGAUGAGCGGUGGAAUGGGCAUGAUGGGUCUCUUCGGACCUCCCGGAGGCAUGCCGGCUCCUGGAGCUCGCAAGCCCAAGACUCCUGGCGAGUCAGAGAAGAGACUCGGAGAGCCGGAGGUUACCUCUCCUACCAAUGCUCCCCCGGUCCCUAUGAUUCCAAUGCCUGGGAUGAGCAUUGGCAGCAAGCCUGCCCCUCCGUCUGCCGAUGUUGAGAAGGAAGAAGAAGAGCCCCUGGCAACCCCUGUGUCUGAGCAGCAUCCUGCAUAUGAGGUUGCUGACGUGGAAGAUACUGUCCACGAGGGUGCUCUGCCCCGUAGGUCUACGGACCGGGCUCCACCAGUUCCUCCAUCUCGUGCUCCCGCUCCACCACCCCGAGACUCCCGCCCCGUCCCACCUCCUGUGCCAGUUGAACAUCCUGCUUCUCCUCCGCCAGUUCCUGGAGGUCGACCGGCUGCUCCGCUCCCUAAAUCCACAGAUACCGGAGAGGAGUCAGAUGAUGAGCUGUCUAUCCAUACGAGGAACAUGUCACUGAGCGCUGCUCCCCCAGCAGUUCCUGCGCCAGCGAUACCUGACCACCUUGACUCUCGCCGCUCCUCAGUCUACGACACAACGUCUACCAUUGGGUCAACUCCAACUACGGAGAAGGAUAAGAGACAUAGUCGCCCCCCUCCUCCCAUCCCGCAAAAUCCGCCUAUGCCGCCAUCGCAAGGCCGCGCUCCUCCCCCACCACCCCGGGAUCAGCUACGCCGCCGGUCCACUGCUGAUAGUCGCGGCAGUGCCAUCUCCGCACCCCGGCAGGCAGGGGAUGACGCAGAAGGCGAGGUCACCGAGUACGACGGAGAUUAUGACACCGAUAUUGCCUCCUCGGCGAAGUUCAAGGACGCACUGAAGUCCCACGAGCGUGACUCCAGCUUCGAUGAGGGCACGAUCACCGACGACCAUUCUCUCCACUCGCCCCUAGGCCCCCAGGAAACCCGCACGGCUCCACCGCCGCCUCCAACUGCCCCUAGGGCAGUCCCACCUCCUCCUCCGAGUCAGCCACCACGAAAUGCUCGCGCAUCCAUCGACACGCCUAGAGGACCGCCUCCGCCUCCGCCACCCAAGGAGUCAUCGGGUGGUGAUGACGAGGAGUACGAUCCUUUCAAUUACUCUGCACCUCAACACGGCCUGCCUACUCCACCACCUCUCCCUCAAGGUCGGCGACCAGAGGCACCCCCUCCAGUUCCGCAAGCACCGGCCGCUGACGACGAGGAUGAUCUCUACGAUGCGUCUCCCGUGCAGAGCCCGCAAAGCUACUCUACAUCGCAACGUGAGAAACGGCCUUCCCUCGCUCCACCGCCGCCGCCGAGCCAAGCGCCAGCCAUUCCAUCUCCAUCCACGUCGCGAAGCCAGCGUCAGUCUAUGGAUUUUAUGAGAGCCCAGCCCAACGUCCGGCGAUCUAUGGAUGUUUCUCGUCCGUCUGUGGAUCAGGGAUACAUUGCCCAGGACAUUGAUCUUGCUGAGAAUACUCUUUGGUGGACGCAGCCCAAUACCCCUCCGCCAGUUUUCCAGAACCGCAAAGAUCUUCUCUAUGAGAUCGAAGAGUCUUCCUCCACGAAGCGAGGUGGCAAGACAACGGUGUCCAAGGAUGUCUAUGUGCUUUUCUUUGAUUAUUCUCAGACCGUGGUGACGGUGCAAUUCGAUGUCAAAAACCCUGCCGACGCCUCCCUGGAGCAGCGCCAGGAAUCCCCGCCUCUCCAGCCCCGGCAGGACCAGCUCGAAGAGGCGCACGUCCAACUCGGCACCCGAAUCUCCGAGGCCAUCAACUCAAUCCAAAACACGACGGUGGGCGACGGUACUCCCUUCGGAUUGGUUCAGCACCUACUCAGCCCCCUGCCUGAUGCGCUACUCCCCGUCGGCACACGAGCCUAUGGCGCAUUGGUCUACUCAAACCUGGCCAACGCGUCUGUUACCCAGAACGACGAGAUCCGCGCCGGUGACAUCGUCAGCUUCCGCAAUGCCCGGUUCCAGGGACACCGCGGCACGAUGCACCAGAAGUACAGUAACGAGGUGGGCAAGCCGGACCACGUCGGCAUCGUCGUUGACUGGGACGGCACAAAGAAGAAGAUCCGGGCCUGGGAACAGGGUCGCGAGAGCAAGAAGGUCAAGAUGGAAAGCUUCAAGCUGGGUGACCUGCGCAGUGGCGAGUGCAAAGUGUGGCGCGUGAUGUCGCGCAACUGGGUGGGCUGGGAGACCAGCAAAUAA